AUGCUCUCAGGGGGCUCCCGAGGACCCGAGUUUCAGCAGCUGCCCAAGGUUGCAGAAGAGAGCAGCAAUUUCGUAAAACAGCUCUUAUCCAAAGCCAGGCGCUGCUUCGUAGAGAAAGAAGCUACAAUCCAGAAAAAGUCCAUCGUGACUGACUUGCACAGCUUAUGGCUGCCUCUUGCCAGUGCCUGGAAGUAUGAGAUCUUGGCAUUAGCCACCCUCUUGGCGCUGGUGGUGCUGGCAGUCUUAGCCUGCCAGAUGUGUCAGCUCCAGAAACACAACAGAAGUAGAAAUCCUGGCUUUACAAGCUGGGCUGGACAAGUCAACUGUUUGCCUACCCCUCUCCUCCAUCAGGAUGGAGUUACUGCAUGGUUUGCGUGCAGCGAUUCAGAUCUCCUGCACAGCUCCCAGAGCCAACUGAAGUUUUCUCUCCUCUAUCACAGAGGAGAACGUGAGCUGCUUUUGAUAUGCCUGGAGGCUGUGCUGGUCUCAUCCCACAUCCUUAGGGGGCUCCAGUCCUUAGUCCAUGAGUGACAAAGCCCGGUGGUGAAGAACUGCAGCAAGCCUGCCUCUGGGGACAAGUUUGUCUGCUCCCUCCAGGACACUGAGGUGGAGAACAGCACUCUGAAGCUGGAGGCUCCACACUUCGACAAAAACUCUAGAAAUGCUAUGCAGGGGGAAGUCGGAGUUGCCCUGAGAGACCGAAAGGCUUCCAAAAGCCUCAUUUUAUGCAAAGAUCUGCAGAAGAGCACAGAGGUAGUGAGUCCAUCACGCGGCCUUCAAAUGUGUGUCCAAACAAAGUGCUUGUGUCCCAUCUCCCAGAGGAUAAAAGUCGGGCUGCUCAAGGCAAAAAUGGCAGCCCCUUGCAGCACUGCAAAUAAUAAUGUAUACACAAGGGUAGACAUUUCCUGCAGAUGCCACAGACAAAAACCCCAGAAAUCCAGACUGCAGGCUCACAUGCCACUUAUCAUUUUCAGUGAGACUUUCCUGCUUCACAUGCCCGAGCCUCUCGCUUGGGACUGCACAGGCCUUGCCUCCACAAGGCAGUCAACAACCUGGGCUGACUCCCUCCAGCUGGAUCUAAUGACUAAAGAGUUUCUUGCAAGCUGA